CAGGUGUUUAUUGGUGAUCUCCCCCAGGACUUCCUGCGCAUCACACCCACCCAACAGCAACAGCAAAUCCAGUUGGAUGCCCAGGCUGCACAGCAGCUACAAUAUACAGGAUCAAUGGGGACUAUGGGCCGGGUCAGCAUCACUGUGGUGCAGGCCAAGCUCGCAAAGAACUAUGGUAUGACACGAAUGGAUCCAUACUGCAGGAUACGUUUGGGGUAUGCAGUGUAUGAGACUCCCACGGCACAUAAUGGUGCCAAAAAUCCCAGAUGGAACAAGGUGAUCCAGUGUACUGUACCACCGGGAGUUGAUUCCUUCUACCUGGAAAUCUUUGAUGAGAGAGCAUUCUCCAUGGAUGACCGCAUUGCAUGGACACACAUCACUAUCCCAGAAUCGUUAAAGGAUGGAAAGGUAAUAGAUGAAUGGUUCAGUCUGAGUGGCAGGCAAGGAGAUGACAAAGAAGGCAUGAUCAACCUGGUUUUGUCUUACACGUCCGUGCCAGCAGGAAUGUUGAUGCAGUCUCAACCUGUGGUGUUCAUGCCUACGGUCUACCAGCAAGGUGUCGGUUAUGUGCCCAUAGCAGGUAUGCCAGGUAUGUACAACCCUGGAGUACCAAUGACUCUACCACAGCCAGCAGUAAAUCCUCAACAUCAAUCUUGGGAAGAGGACCUUAAAGCCCUCAAAGAUAUGUUCCCUACAAUGGACCCUGAGGUCAUUAAAUCAGUCCUGGAUCAACACCAAGGGAACAAGGAUGCUGCAAUCAACUCUCUUCUACAAAUCGUGGAAGACUCCUAG